AGUGUUAUUUCACCUCUGAAGAUGACACCACUGUGGAUUCUUGUCCUAGCUCUGAACACAAUAUCUCCAGCCCAAUCUUUGGAUUUUUCCAGACCAUCAUUUAUCUCAGCGAAGUCUGGAGAACGUGUUACUCUUAACUGCCCAUUUGGAGGCAUGAAUAGGGCUGAAAGUGUGUUUUGGUACAAACAAAUAUUUGGAGAAAUGCCUCAAAAAGUGGGAGAAAGAAUAACAUAUAAGGAAGUCAAAAUUUCCUCCACGUUCAAGACGUCAGGAUUUAAUAUGGAUGUGACUGAUAACGGCAUUUCUCUGACAAUCUCACAUGUAAAAAAAGAACAUGGAGGACUUUACUACUGUGAACAAUCUUACCUUGAUGAUGUUACAUUAUCCGGUGGAACACUCUUGGCUGUAACAGGAGAUGGAGUUGUAAAAGUGUCAGUGUUACAGAGCAGUGUGUUGGACUCGGUUCCUGCAGGAGCGUCAGUGACUCUGCAGUGCUCGGUUCUCUCUGAGAGCAGAGCAGCAGAUCUCCAAGUGCUCUGGUUCAGAGCUGCUCCAUCACAAUCCCAUCCUCAAAUAAUUUACACUCAUCACAACAGCAGCCAUCAGUGUGAGAGCGGCUCUUCUACACACACCUGCGUGUACAGCUUCUCCAAGAACAUCAGCCUCAAUGAUACUGGCACUUACUACUGCGCUGUGGCCGUGUGUGGGAAGAUCAUUUUUGGGAACGGGACACGAGUACAAUUAAAAACACCUUUACUCAGUAAGAAUGUAAUAUUUUGUUAA